GCGGGGAAUGAGGAGUUUGAGGACAGCGAGGAGGAGAGGAGGGCGGUCGACGGUGGAGAUGAUGAUGGUGAGAGUGAUGCAGAGGACAUGGAGGUGUGGCGAGAGGUGGAGCGCGCCAGGGGAAAGUUGAGGAAGGAGAAGGCCGUUGACGAGGACAACACCCCUGAUGAGGACGCCACGACGACGAUGACGAUGAGGGAGCAGACAUUGGGGCCUCUCUGGAUGGGGGGUUGAUGGGCGAUGGCCGUCGUGGCCAAGAGGGGGCAGCUAGGGCGAUGAAGGAGGCUGCGGGAUCGAAGAAUAGAAAGAGGAAGGCGAAGAUGACUACCACUGAGGCGAGAUCAGCACCUUCUCAGCCCAAAAAAAGCAGAGUUCUUCGACAGACAUCCAUGCUGGAGACCUUCGAUCCAGUGUGGCAACGAGAAUUCUCGGACUCCGUCCUGCUGUGGUGGUACGUGAGCGGCAUCCCAUUUGAGGCGGCGAGGAGGCCAGAGUAUCAUAGGAUGAGGAAGAAGUUGCUUGAGUGUCCGCCGUAUGCACAUCCGGCAUUACCCAUGCACCGUGUCAUUUCGUGCGAAGGCAUCCCUCAGCAGCAGCGAGUUGUGGCGGACAUGGUGGCGGCCAUCCGUAGGGACAUUGAGGCGACGGGAGUGACCAUCCUCACGGAUGGUCGUAAGUCCAUCACGAACGACCAGAUAGUCAACUUCCUUGUUGCUGGUCCCACGGGCGCGUACCUUUUCAGGACUGUGCAGCGGGAUGGUGCUGUUCAGGAAACAGCAGAGGCCGUAGUGGAGCGAUGGAAAGACGUGUUCGAGAAGUUUGGUGUCGACAAGGUGAACGCCAUUUGUACUGAUUCCUCGUCUGCGUAUGUUGCUGCAUCCAAGCUCCUCGCCCAGGAGGAAGUCAAGUACAGCCGCAUCACUUGGCUUCCGUGUGCGGUCCAUGUCUGCAACUUGUUGUUGUCAGGCAUCGCGAAGGAUGGGCGGGACGGGAGCCUCGGGAAGAGGGAGGACACCAUCAUCAGGGCUCGAGUUGUCGUGCGUUUCAUCAGAGAGCACGGGGCGGCUCUGAGCCUUUAUCGACGGUUCUCUGCCGCCCACCCCUCUUCCGCCUCCGCGGCGGCUGGUGGCUCGAGCUCUGCUCCACCCUCGUCUCAGCGGCGAGGCAGGGAGCUUGUGUACCCUGUGCAGACGAGGUUUGCCACCCACUACUUGAUGCUGGAGAGGCUCCUGGAUCGUCGCAGAGCGUUGGAGGCGUUGAUGAUGAGCGACGAUUGGCUGCGGACUGCAUGGAGGAGGUCCAUUUUUCUGCAGGCCAGAUGGGUGCGUCAUCAGGUGCGGUACGCGCCAUUCUGGGAGCACGUGGAGGACAUUGUGGCGCUCAUGACGCCUGUGAUGCAGUUGCUAUGGCGUCUGGACAGGGGGGGUCGCGUGAUGACUCGCAUGUGGUCGUGGGGUUUUAUCAUGGUCGACAGGGUGGCGAGAGCAAGCCUUAACAGGACGUCGAAGGACGAGCUCCACAUCGUUCUUCAAGCUUGUCAGGCGCGGGUCGCUCAUAUGUUGGAGCCCGCACAUUGCAUGGCCCACCUCCUCAAUCCGUGGCAGAGGAGCAUUAGUUUUUUUGGAGCGGCGAGGCGUACCGACCACGAGCGGAUACUGGCAGACGAGUCGUUGCGAUACCUUCGCCAGCAGACUGGUGGUGACAAGGAUUUGUAUCAGACGUUGCACACGCAGCUGGCAGAGUUUCAUUCUCGCGCCUCUCCGGCGGAGAGGAAUUGGGCCGUCCAUGAGCGUGUUCAGGUGAAGAGGCGUAAUCAGCUUGGUCUCAUCAAGUUGACUCGUUUGGUGGAGAUAUCCACCAACUUGAGAUUGAGUUGUUGUCAGGGGAGGGGUUCUGGGUACAUUCUUCCAUGGGAGGACGCUGAGGAGGAGACAAAGGACGCUAUUCCUCCGCCUCGUGAUGAGGGUGUUCGGCCGGCCGACCAAGUCACCGAGGCACAGCGCGACCGGCAGGUCCAGCGCGGGCGGAAGGAUCGCCUUUCAAAGGCACCUCCCAGCGUCGCGACGUAUUUCGGUCGUCGCGCCACGGUGCUCAUGGCGCAUGAGUUGGAGUCGGUGUACGAUCCCGAGCCUGAUCCCAUGGCUCUUGACGCGAUGGAGGCCGAGCCGUGGUCCGAUCCUAACGACCUGGCCGUGGAGUCAGAGCCAGGAGGUUCUGAUGACGAUGACGACGAUACUCCUCUCAUGCAAAUUUCGCGGCGUGCUGACACAGGAAAAGUAAGGCGAGAGUCUGCAUCAUCCACUCGCACUGUGCAUUGGGUUGAUGAGGAGAGGCCCGCUGAGGCAGCUGUGGUUGCUCCCUCCCCUAUGGAGGUUGCUCCCUCCCCUGCAGAGUUCGCUACGACGUCUGCAGAGGGCGCAUCGGCGUCUGCGGAGGGUCCAGGUGGGUUUGCGGGUGGUAGUGGCGAUGCUGGAGAGGUUGGGAGGCCAUCUGCACAGAGUGUUGCAUUGAGGGCACGUGUAGCGCGGAUGCUCGAGACGGGCGUUGAGGCAGGUGAUGCAGAGGGCGAGUGCGGCGUUGCGGGGAUAGGGGAUGCGGGCGAGAGACCUGCGUCGCCAGUUCAGGGUGUCUGCGUAUUGCCUCUCGGUGGGGCCAUGUCGGCAGGGGAGUUGGAGCGGCAGGCACAGGAGGACCCGUUGCAGGCAGAUCGACCGGGGCGGAUGACCGAGGCGUCGAUGAGACUGAUGGCAGAGGCCCCGGCUUACGUGCCUUGCAGCCCGUCAGUGCCAUCGUCCACCACAGGUGUCAGCACACCCGCAUAUGCGGAGGGCACAGUCGCGGCAGAGGCGGUACGCGGCCCCUCGCCGACACCCGCCGGGGAGUUUCCUUCUCCUCAGUCACGGAAGAAGAAGAUGAGAGCAGGGAAAAACGCAGCAGGAUGGUUGGAGAGGGUCUCCGACCGAGCGACGGAUCAGCCCAUGAGCGCACCUGUCGAGGCGACGUUGCCACAUAGUGCAGGGCGUACAGCGGGCACCGGCGACCACGCCGAGCACAGUGCGCCCCCCGGGAGGAGCAUGGCUGCACGUAUAUUGCGGGAGGAUGUGAGGGCAGCGACAACGCAGCGACCGUCACAGGCGCCAGUCGUUUGGGAGUCUGGCACAGACGAUUUGGAGAUGCCUUAUGGCCUGCGGAGGAGGGUUUCCGUGUAUGAUCUUCUUCGACCACAGGGAGGGGUUGAGGCGGCGCCACAGGGGGAGAUUUAUGCUCCGGAUACUACGCGCGCGCCGGCAGGCGGCACAGGUCGUGGGGAUGGUGUGACAGGUGUGGUGCCGCAGAGGAGGAGGAAGGAUAUUGUGGACGACGAUGAUGCAUAGUUCCACCAUUAGUCUUCUUUCAUCCUCUGAUUCGUAGUAGUGUACAGUAUAUUUAGUGCUUGAGACGAGGCCUUGUAUUGGUAGG